AUGCUGCAUCUACUCCUCAUCGCAUGGUUGAUUCAGCUCGUCGGGGUCAAUGGCCAUUUCGAGUCCCCUGCAACGACUGAUGCCUCCCAAGGAAGGUUGGCGCCACGGCAAGUGACGUCCACCACCUCCAUCCCGACACUGUUCAAUGGACCCAAGACGACAACUUCGGCUUCUAGUCUCUCACCGCUACCCACAUCAGUGUCAUACACCACUGGACUAGUCCCCGUCCCCACAGUUCCCGUGGCCAACAUCAUCGGUCUCAUCGUGCCCAACCCAAUCUACCAGCUCUACACAAACCUCUCCUACCAGUUCGGCUUUGUGGAUUCUGGACGACCAAGCGAGAUUGUCCCUGGAUGGUUGAGAGAAGUGUCCUCAGUGGUGAUCUUGCCAAAUCGUUCUGUGGACAUCUUCCCUCCUGUCGGCAGCUUGGAUCCGACGGGGAACGGGUCAAGGGCUGUAGUUGGUGACCUCUUGUGUUCGAGCCAGGCAGUGUUCAACUACCCGUAUGCGUGGGGCUUCAAGUUCUCUAAACCUGGGUGGCACAUGUUCGUUGUCAACGACACACGGUCACAGCCGACGAUUACCAACGGCACCUGUAUGCUCCCUAUUCAAAAGCAACGCUCCUUCUUUGCCACAUACUCGCUCUCCGUGAGACCGUACCCGACCAGUGCCAGACCGGUAGACCCGCAACCGACGGAUAGAUACACGGUCUUCAUGGCGGUCAGCACCAACCAGCCCGGACCUCUCCCCGCCGAGCCAUCACACGAGAAUGAGCGCCUCGGGCUCGGGUUGGGGCUUGGCGGAAUGGUCCUGCUUGUCCUCUCCAUUGCCCUCGGGACAUGGUGGCUCCGCAAGCGGCGGCAGCGCCGCGCCGAGUCACCGAGAUUUCAUUCUGACCCCACAGAGGCGCUCGCGUUCUCCCGGCUCUCGGCCCGUGACCAGGAGCAGUUCCUGAGGGAUAACCCCGACUCCCAGCUCAACCCUUAUCGCUCGUCUCGCUGGAGCCCAACAGCCGCCGCCAUUGCCCGGGGCGAAAUCCCGACCUCCGGGCCGGCAACGUAUCCAGGACUCUAUGGAGAAGGACGCUUCACCCACGUGCAAUCUCUCGGCUCGUUCUACCAGCCUGCGCAAGGCUUGGCACUGGUGGACCCGCAUGCUACACAGGUGGCCUCUGCACCACGGCGGCACUUCUGGAGUCGGUGGUGA